GCUUUAGCCUAUAUCAGGACAUAUCUGGAACUCAUUCUUCUGCUCAAUUCAUACUGUUGGUCUGAUUUCUCAUGAGUCUGAUAAUGUUUCUUCUGUAGCUACUGGUCAGCUCACUUCUUCCAGAUCUGAUGUGAAGGCAACAGUAGCCACGCCCACCAGACAGAGAGAGAUCCGCAGCAGUGGAAAUACACAGCAGUGGAUGCAAUAUCACAACAAAUAUUUCUGUAUUUCAGUAAGAUAAGGGUUUAGAGUGACAGAAUAUCCCUCCAUCAGGACCAGUUAUUGUUGCACUAAAUAAAACGCCUUCACUGCUGUGUGUGCACAAGUAUGGGAUAAAUGGAGAGCACAAAUUCCUCUGGCCACACGUCACAUCACUUUCACUUUCACUUUCCAAUAGCCUACACCUUCUAUAACGGUCUAUAAGGGGCUGGGCUAUUUAUACGGAUAAACGUAGGUCCUCCUUAAGUGUCACUCACAUAUGUGAGAAAACCGCGAUUCUCAGUUGUCUCUUUGUCAAACUUGUCACGAAGUUGUGGCCACUGGGGGCGAUUCAUGAAUGAAGAGCACAGUAGAGAUCAUACUGUAUUCGGAAUCUACACAGCUCUACAAAAACAUACAGACGAUGUUACUGCUGUUUCUCAUCUCAUUGCUUUUGGACGGCGCUUCUGGUGCAGAAUCAGAUGAGACAGUGACCGUGAUGGAGGGAGAUUCUGUUACUCUACACACAAAUCUUACUGAAGUACAGAACGAUGAUACGAUACUGUGGCUGUUUGGACCUAAAGACUCUAUCUUAUCUCAAAUAACAAGAAAGAGUGACCUAACUUCACUUUUUAUAACCGAUGACUGGAGAUUCAGAGGCAGAUUGCAGGUGGACCAAAAGACUGGAUCUCUCACCAUCAGAAACACCAGAUUCAGACACUCUGGACAAUAUAAACUCAGCAUCUCAAGAGAAAAGACUACGGUGAAGAUAUUUAAUGUCACUGUCAUUGGCGUGGUUGUUGAGACUGAUGGAGUGAAGUCAGUGUCGGUGACGGAGGGAGAUUCCGUCAUUCUACAGAGUGAUGUUUCUGAAGUACAGAGAGACGUUCUGAUCGUGUGGAGAUUUGGAGAUAAAGGCAUCCUCCUGGCUAAAAUCGAUGUGGAAAAUAAAGAGAUCUCAUUAAACGAUGCUGAUGGAAGAUUCAGAGACAGACUGAAGCUGGAUGUGAAUGGAUCUCUUACCAUCAAGAACACCAGAACCACAGACUCUGGACUUUAUGAAGUACAGGUCAGAGGCCGCGAGAGCUCACAGCGAUUCCAUCUUUCAGUCAAUGGCCGGUCUCCGGGUCUUAUAGCAGGAAUUAUUGUUGCUGCUCUGCUGGUGGCUGCAGUUGUAUCUUCUGUUGUGGUUUACUAUCGCCGCAAGAUCUCUGAACUAGAAAAAAAUGCGGAGACUAUUGAAGAGAAAAAAGUGGCUGACGGAGAAUGUGCCACUCUAGAGACUAAAACUGACCUACAGAAAGAUGAUAAGGUACAAUGGUGGUAUCAACAUGACAGCAAUCUCAUUGCUGAAAUCAGAAGAGUGGAAGAGACACCUGGAGUGACACAUGAUGGUUUUGAUGAAAGAUUCAGAAGCAAACUGGUGCUAAAUAAGAAGACUGGAUCUCUCACCAUCAAUAACACCAUGAAUAUUCACUCUGGACUAUAUAUGCUAGAAAUCAGCAGCAACACCAGAAAAAUCAAAAAGAGAUUCCAUCUUACUGUCACACUAUGGACAAAGUCAGUGAAGCAGGGAAGUUCUGUCAUUCUCAAGACUAAUAUUGACAUACAGAGUGAAGAUGAGAUACUGUGGACUUUUGGAGCGGAAAACUGUCUCGUUGUUAAAGCUGAUUCAGGAAUGACUAUUGGUAAGAAAUUCAUAGACAGAGUGGAGCUGGACAAGAAGUCUGGAUCUCUGACACUCAAAGACAUGAAAAACACAGACUCUGGACAUUUUAAACUACAGAUCAUCAACAGUGAAGAGACCACAUUCAGGAGAUUCAAAGUGAAUGUCACAAGAGAACAACCGAAUGAUUCAACUUGGCUGUUGGAGUGAAGGAGUGAAAAGUCACGCCCACCAAUGUCAAUCACUGUGACAUCACCAACAUUUGAGCUCAACAUAGAUAUUAGAAUGAUUUCUGAAGGAUCAUGUGACACUGAAGACUGGAGUAACGAUGCUGAAAAUUCAGCUUUGCAUCACAGGAAUAAAUUACUUUGUCAAAUAUAUUUAAAUAGUACACAGU